CAGUUAGGGUUAAAAGGAGGAACAACCCCCCCCGCACCCCCGCCCUAAAAAUAAGGCUCAUCAAGUUUUCCUUGUGAUAAUUUAUAAACAGACAAACUUUACGGUUAGAGGGUUGUUACUCUUUGCGCUCGCGGUGCUUUAAGUGCCUUUAAAUGGGAGCUUGGCCACAAAGGCGCGGAACGUGCUUUCAGAUUUAACACAUCUGUGCUGGCUGGGAAGAAGUUUUUCGCAAAGCAGAGCCCAUUCAGUUGCGAUGUAGCAGUCGGUAGAGUGGAUGAAGGGUGUUUUGCUUUCAAAGACCAUUAAAUUACCCGAAGUGGAGGGCUAGAGGGGAGCAGUGCGCAUGUUCAGUACUCCACAGAGUUGUGCUGUUUUUUCCCCUACUACGCAUUCCAGCGGCUCUAUAGUAGAGCAGCCUCGGUCAUUGUUAAUAUCCUUGGAGCAAUUAAUGCAUAUGUAGUUCGUGAAAUCACUGGGCUGCUGGAAGGGUGAUGUACUAAUAUGGUUUGUAGCCCUCGUCAGAAGUUUUGGACGUGCCGCCCAUCUGAGAGGAGCACACACAAAGGGAAUUAAGCCACAAAGACGAAGUUUAAGCAGCGGGCGGGCUGGUGUUUAACAGCGAGGCGUUGCGAGGUCCGCAGGCGCAGGGCGCGCGGCGCGUUGCAGCCUGCCUGCGGACGGCACGGAUUGCUACAUUACAUGUGCUGCAUACCAACCUCGGCCGCUGUGCCUAGCCUGUGACAGCACUGACUUUAAAAUGUUGCAGUCCUCUUAGGUAGGUUGAGAUUCUUAACCUUAUUGCAAGCAGUUGUUUGGUGUGGGUUUUUUUUUUUUUUAUGGUUUCGCUGAAUUAAUUUAGCCCAGUUAUUUUUAGGACAUUCCUAUGGUCCCUAUUUGCACAGCAGUGGUGAGCUGGUUUCCUGUCUGCUGUUGCUUCCAUUGUUCAGACUUCUCUCCCCGAGGGCAGCUGCUAGUUGGUGAAAUACCAAACUCCCUGCACUUUCAACUGUUGUUCUUGCCACCCCCGAAAUAAAUGCGUGUGAAAAACGCUGACGUAGUUUCUAGGUAUGCAUGUGUAGGGCUUUGUGUGUGAGUGUGUGUGCGAGAGCGGGGGAAGGAUCUGCUUUGAGGAUUGCGAGUCCUGGGCUGAAACAAUGGAAACAAUGAAAGGUGACAGGCAGGAGGGAGAACUUUUGAGAGGGGCCAUGGGCCCGGGGUUUGCGUGGCAGAAAUUAAAAGGUGUAGUUGCAAUAUCAGGCAGUGAAACGGAGGAUGAUGACACCAUGGAUGUCCCACUGGAUCUUUCUUCAUCUGCUGGCUCAGGCAAACGGAGGAGACGUGGCAACCUGCCUAAGGAAUCUGUGCAGAUUCUUCGGGACUGGCUAUAUGAGCACCGAUACAAUGCUUACCCUUCAGAGCAAGAAAAAGCGCUGUUAUCCCGACAAACACACCUUUCCACACUACAGGUCUGCAACUGGUUUAUCAAUGCACGCCGCAGGCUUUUACCUGACAUGCUGAGGAAGGAUGGCAAAGACCCAAAUCAGUUCACUAUCUCCCGGCGAGGGACCAAGCUUCCCGAGGGUGGCCUGGUGGAGUCUUCCAUCAGCACAAAGAACUACAUUCCCCUGCUGGAGGAGUCUGCCUUCCUUCCUGCUGCCACACCGCUCAGCAAGACUGUGUCCUCUUCCAAGCUGGCUUCCCCAGGAUCAGUUCUGGCUCGGCCAUCAGUGAUUUGCCACACGACUGUGACUGCAUUGAAAGACGCCCCUUUCCACUUUUGCCAGCCAGCUGAUGCAGGCCAGACCAUGGACCUGCAGCAGCCCCCAGUGAACGGCUUCACAGACAACUCCCUCUCCUACCACGAGGACGCAUCUAAACUGGGAUCUGGUACAAAUGCACAAAGUGGGCUGUUUAACACUCCUCCUCCAACCCCACCAGACCUUAACCAGGAUUUUAGUGGAUUUCAGCUACUGGUGGAUGUUGCACUCAAAAGGGCGGCAGAGAUGGAGUUGCAGGCAAAACUUAUGGCCUAAAUCCCCUUCCUUCUCCUUCCCCGUUUUGUUUUUCCAGGCAGGGAUCUUAACAGCUGUGUGGUUGUUGCCACCCACACAAUAUCAAAAGACUUACUGCAUUAUUAUUAUUUUUUUUAUUAAUCUUAUUUGCACAAGGGAUUGCUGAAAUGAAGCUUCCUGUCACUGAGAUGGUCUUCAGUGGAAUAUGGUCAUUCCAAGAAUUAUAAACUUAAAAGCUACUGUAGAAAGAAAGGAUUGUGUGUUGGGUUUUUUUUUAAUGUUUUCUUUGUAGGUUUUUCAUAAUGUGAGAUGGUUCCCAAGAUCAUGUGAUUUGUUUUUGUUUCUUUCAGACUGUGCAAUAUCUAGUAAUGAUAUAGAGUCUUCUUAUCAUUCCCAUGUGGAACAGAAUAUACCGACAUGCUGUUUAAAAUAAAUUUUCAAUUUUUUUAACAAUAUGAACUUUGGAUGAUUAUGCUUUUUUCCCAUAAUGUAAUAAAAUAUUUUCUUUAAAAAUGCAUGUAUACAGAGUAUUUUGUUGAAUACGAGCUUUGCAGAAAACACAACUUUACUCUUGAAAUAAAUGGAAGUGAGAACUAUUUUUUAGCUCGUACUGACUUUACUUUGGUUUAGAGAGCUAUGCUAGCAGUUGUUGUUAACUAGAUGUUUAAAAGGAAUGCUGAAAAUUGGGCCAGAAGUACCUGACUGUUCUCCUGUGUUGAAAUUUUUUUAAGGGAUCAGAGGAAGCUAUGUAGGCAACUCUUACUAAAUUUCAGGGGGAUAUCUCAGUCCCCUUUAAGACUUCCAGAUUUUGGCUCCUAGAAAUACUUUAGGGCUGGGAGAUGUGACAGCCCAUGGGGAAGUUCUCCUGAAGAUGAAAUGAGGCCAGAAAAGGGGUUGAGGUGAACGUUCUUUCCAGGUCUUUGUGAUACAGCUCCUAGACAUUGCUAGCGACAUUUGAAGGAGGGACAAGGGCUCCCAGUCUUGCUCUUCCUGGACUAGCAGUGGCAAGGUUUUGACUCGGUAAUUCUAGUAAGAUGAAAUAAAGAGGCUGUAUACGGUUGAAAUCUGAGUUCUGGGAGCUAGGUCACGGUGAGAUACUUAAACAGGUGGCUAAGAUUUAGAAGAGAUCCCUGUUGCAUUGGGGUGUAUUUUGGCCAACAGAAGCCAAGUUACCUUUCAGCAAAGAACUUUGCUAUCAAAAUGACUUAUUACUGAAAAAUGUUAAGACUUACAGCUCACAUUUCAACUUGCUUGAAUGUCAGUCACCCACCCCUUAUCCUUCCAACAACAGUGAAAUGAGAGACCGCUAACGGGGAAAAAAAAUCAGUUUGGCUAAUCCUUAAAAACAAGCCAGUUGUCUGGGAGGCUGGGGGAGGGCUUUGUGGAGCAGCAGAGCUGAUGAAUUUAAAGAUACGGUUAUGAGUAGAAGAUUGCAAUAUUCAGACUGCAAUGUGUAUGCGUUUUGUUUUGCUGUGGGCUUUGUCUUUUAUUCAUUUGUUCUCUGAAGUACUCUGGAAAUCUACUGAGCUUCUGCCUUUCUUGAAACUUAAAGUUUAAAAUCAAUGAUUCUAUAUAAAAAAAGCGCAUAGUAAACACUGGCUUACUCAUGUCUGCAUCAGCUUCAGUAACAGUCAUCCUAAUAUACUGUAUUAAUACAGAUUUUUUUAAUACUUUCCAUCAAAAUAAAGCUAGAAAAAAUAAUUUUGAACGUAGUCAGACAUGGCUGUACACUUUCUCUUAAGGAAUAACAUGUUGAGUCCAGAAAGAGCCUUGUGUCUUGUCUGUUUGGACAUACUGUACUUUAUAUUUCUAGGUUAUUUUUCCUGGGAUACCUAUGUAUGGGGUUUUUUAGUUGUUUGUUUGAGUUUUUUAAUGGCUAAUUAUAAAAUAAAAUGGAAGUACACUUUG